AUGGUUCCCAGGGAUGAAGAUAUUAGUCGCCAUGUGGUCGAGAUUGGUCCCGAUGAGGUGAAGUUGCACCAGGAUAUCUUGCCUGGUAUAAAAGGGAAGUUGAGUUUGGAAGGCCUGUCAAAAGACCUCAUCUUCAAGAAAUUUGUCGGAGCAUCACAAGAGCAAUGGGAUUGGCUGGCCAAAGAAAAUGAGUACAGAGCCACUAUAGGCAGGCUAGAAAAGCAAGUCCUGGACCUUCAGUUUGAGAAUGAUUUGCAAGCCGCCACGGAUGAAGGCGAGAAGAAAAAGCUAACUCAGGAAAAUAAAGCCCUCAAAGCCCAAAUUCAGAAAAUGAGAACAGCUGCUAGAAACCCAAAAAGAAGCCGAGCGGAUGAAAGCCUGAAGAGAAAAAUGACUACCCUCGAUAAUGAAGCAGCCAAGCAAGCCAAGGACUUCAAGGCUGAUAGGGAACACUAUUAUGAUUUGAUGGGUCAUAUGGAGGAAGAAAUGCAACAGUUGCAAAAUCAACAUCUCCACGACACUCAAGUGUUAGAAGCCCGGAAUCAACAGGUCGGACAUCUGCUUCAGGAAAAGGGUAGAAUCCGAGAGCGGGCCUGGGCAAAAGGGAAACCACCACCAGCUUACCCCGCCAACCCUGCUUUCAUCCCACCAUUGACUCAAACCCAGGAACAUCCUACUGUUGAUUCAUCUGCAUGCUUUCCUAUUUACCAUCACUACCAAGGCACCACCUCCCAAACCCCACAAGCUCCACCACCCAAACCAGUUUCGUACCCCCCUCCACCAGCCACUCCUAUCUUCGUAGCACCACCGCUAGCUAUAAUUCACCGAUCCUCCAGCGAGCCUUUAUUCUAG